GUAAUUUAUGUACACGGCACGUAACUCAUCACAGACGUACAUUUGGCGGGAAACACUGAUAGUGUCUUGUUUGAGCAAACUUUUUUGUCUGAGUAACUUUAGCUAGCUUAACUAGUUUAGCUAGCUAGUCUUGGUAUAGGCAACUAACGUUACACGGAGAAUUUUUUUUUAAAAUAAUUCUGUGAGCAAAGGAAGAAGAGAAAAUGGCAGCCGGGAAGAUGUGCAUCAGGAAGAGCAAGGAGGAGACUGCUGAGUGGACUGGAUUAUUCCUGAACGACUUGAAAACAAAGCAAGAAUCCCUUGUGUUCGUCAAGAGGAUGAUGGCUGUGGCGGUCUCCUCCAUCACCUAUCUCAGAGGGAUUUUUCCAGAAGAUGCCUACAGAUCCAGAUAUCUGGAAGAUUUGUGCAUCAAAGUUUUGCGUGAAGACUGCAACACCCCGGGUGCCAGCAAAGUUGUGAAAUGGAUGAUGGGCUGCUUUGAUGCAUUAGAGAAGCAGUAUCUCCAGAUUGUAUUCAUUGGGGUGUACACCAAUCCAGAUGAACCUAAUUGCAUUAUUGAGUCAUACCAGUUCAAAUUCAAAUACACUGAGAAGGGGCCAGAGAUGGACAUACUCAGGAACAAUGACGUGGAGAUGCAGGUGACAUUGGAGGACACCAAGAGAGCCUCAGUGCUGCUCAUAAGGAAGCUCUUCCUGCUUAUGCAGAACCUGGAUACACUCCCCAACAAUGUGUACCUCACUAUGAAGCUCUACUAUUAUGAUGAUCUCACCCCUGUUGACUACCAACCACCAGGCUUUAGGGAGGGCGAAUGUGACAGCCUCUGGUUUGAAGGCAUGGCUGUGCACUUCAAGGUGGGAGAGGUGCAGACAGCGUUCCACACCUUGAGAGUGCGUGUGUCUGCAGAACAAGGCUGGCUGGAGAAGCUUCAAAAAGGAAACCACCCAACAGAAGCCAAGCAAGUUUCACAGAGAAACUGUCCAGAGAGGGAAGAGAUUAAGAACCCUCGAAUGAAAAGAUACGACGAAGAGGAUCUGCCUUCCGAAGAUGAGUCUGCACAGUUCAAGAAACCAACAAGACCUCUGGCAAAGAGAAAGGCAGCUGCCAAAAAUCUGUCGAGGAAGAAAAGAAGAAUUUAGCCACGUUACGCAAAAAAAAAGCUUUGUUAGCAAUGUAAACACAAAGGUUAACUAUUUAUUCGUUUCAAUGCCGUGUUAAACACUGUUUGUUAUUUUAUUACAU